GUGCAGGAAAGAAGGAUCUCGGGAUGAUUUGGGAUAAAAAAGGCUAUCAUGAGAUAGUUGGGGAGGGAUUGACUGGGCACUGUUGCCUGUCUUUUUGGUCUGUUGUCUAUGUCUGGAACGGACUUCGCGCAAGUCAUCUCAUCAAUGCGUCAAAAAACACUGUUUUAAUUCGUUACUAACAGUAGACGCAGCUUGUUUUACCUUUUAUUAUGUUCAGCGACGAGUAUAAAUAUGUUUACCUUUUACUAUUUUUAUUAUUUACCGUUCGGGCGAGAGCGAACAAUACUAGUACUUCAGAGACAUAUCAAAGCUCAGCAACCAAGUUUCAGAUGACAUCAACACAGCCAAUAAUGUCAAAAACAUAUUCACAAAUACAAUCAAGUAGCCCUUCUGUGUCAUCAAAAAGAAUCACAAGUAGCCAAUCUAUUACACAAAGUAAUUCACAAACUACACAAGGAAUAUCAAACAAUGAUGAAGACAAAAUAGAACCCUGGGUCAUUGUUGUAAUCUCAGCAUCAGCUGCUGUAGUUUUGGUUGUUAUUUUCAUUUUAUCUCUUCUUUUCAUUUGUAGAAGACGACGUAUACAAAGACUUGAAAGAGAGCGAAAUUUAUCAUAUACCAAUGCAAAUUAUGAAAGUACGGUGAAGUUCAGAGCAGAUAUGGCUGAACUUGAUGAUGGUACAACCUUAGAAAGUGACCCAUGUCCACAAAGCGCAAACAACAACCCACGCCGGGACGCUGGUUAUGAAUGUGUUGAACUUCCUAAUGAAAAAAGGCCACAAUAUGAAAAUGUCUCUCCACAACAUCAUCCCAAGAUGGAUAAUGCAUCAAGCCCAAAUCCACAAUAUGAAAAUGUCACGCCUAUGGUUUCAUCAGGCAAUGAUAAAGCUAAUGCUCCUGUAGGUCCAUAUGAGGAGGUCCUUUUAGAUUCUCCAUUGGAAACAAAUGGUAAUAAGAAGAACAAAAAGCAUUAUGAAAAUAUCGAACUCAAAAUCUGAUAUUUCACUGAAUGGACGAUUGCAAGACUAAGAGCAGCGUUUGUAGAUGGUGAUAAGAUGAUGGUGGUGCGCAUGGCAUAUACUUUGAAAACUAUAUUUCCAUACAUUCAUCCUACAUAAUGAGUAAGAUGAAUUUUUUUGUGGCAAGUGUUUGCUACUUGGACUGUUGGAAAACAACAACUGAAUUCUGUAAUUAAUUGAAAAUUAUCAUCAUAAUCCUUUGCUAUUGCAUAAAAUAUUUAACAACAAAAUUGGAAAAGAGAGGAAAAGAUAACUAGCUUUAGAAACAUUACAUUUUCUUGUGGAUAUAAUGUCAUCAUCUGACUAAAUAGUGAAUAACACACGAAUCAUAGGAUUUUAUUAAUUUCAUCACAUUGACAUUACGAGUAGCUACUCUGUUAAAAGUUUUUCUCCUUGAAAUCUCAAUUAGCUUUCAACUCAGUGCAUUUCUAUUAGUUAUCUCGGAGCUCUGGGCGUCUCGCAUUCCGUUGAUGUUGUUAAAAUUAUAUGAUAUCAUUGAUAUGGUAAGGGAACAAGAAAAAGUAUUACUAUCAGUAUGUUUAAUAUUAUGUAUGUAUAUAUAAUGUUUAUAACUCGUAAAGAGGGUAGAAUGCAAAUUAAACGUUUAAAGGGAACAUUUUAAGAGACCAUUG